AUGUUUAAGAAGUUUAGUAAGGAAGAUAUUCAUUCCAGAUCGAAUAUCAAAUCGUCAGUUCAAAGAGGUUUGAAAUCCAAUUUUGUUGAUACUUACCCAGGUUUAGAACCAAUUAUCGAUGACAUAAUACCAAAAAAGUCCCAAGCAAUCCUCAUAAAAUGUGAAGACAAGAUUCAAUUAUAUUCAAUUGAUAAUGAAAUAGUUUUGUUCCAACAUUUCGAUGAUUUAGUACCAACAUUAAAGAUUGUCCAUAAAUAUUCAGACUGUUUCCCGAAAGUCCAAGUCGAUAGAGGAGCAAUCAAAUUCGUUUUAUCAGGAGCCAAUAUCAUGUGUCCUGGUUUAACUUCUGCUGGGGGUAAUUUACCUGAAGAAAAUCUUGAAAAAGACAGAAUAGUAACAGUUUAUGCCGAAGGUAAGGAACAUGCAUUAGCCAUUGGAAGAUUAUUAAUGAGUAGUGAUGAAAUCAAAUCAAAGAAUAAAGGUCAUGGUAUUGAAUUAAUUCAUUAUUUAGGUGAUGGAUUAUGGAAUUUACAAGAAUAA